AUGGAGAUUGUUCCUUCAACAAGGAACUUUUCUUCAAGUCCGAGGUGCGCCGGUACGCCUUUCUUCACCUUAAAACCCCAGAAAUUGCGUCUUUAUUUUUUCCACAGAACACUUUUAUCGCACACUACAUAUUUGACAGAACUCGGACCUCGGUCACUUGAAAAAACGCAUCUGAGCAUUUCUAGUAAUCACUUAAGAGCGCUGACGCCGCUAAAGUAACCGCUAGCAGUGCAUUACAAAAGUCCGAAAAGUACUUCAAAUUUAAUUAAUUUUCAACGAAAGUCAAAACUUCAAUACCGCACAACGGACAAAAUGAUGCUCUACGCAAGUUUAUCCCUAUUUUUAUUCCAAUCCAUCAAAAUGUUCUGAGAUCUUUAGAAUUCCCAGAAUUCAGACUUGUUGCAACUCUUGAUCAACACAACAAAUUUCGAAAUUCAGCUCUAGACGUGUUUUUCGAACUUUUCCUGGAUAAAUUCGAUUUCUCAAGGCCUACCGUUUUCACGGCCGCCUUGUCCUGUUCGAAAGCCGGGUGGUUGAUCUCCGCAAGCGACACUUCUCCAAACGCGCCGUUCCCGAGCCAUCGAAAAAAGGGUCCUGACACGAUAAUGCGUGAGGUAGUGCCUGGCUCGUGGAGAGCGCAGACAGGCCACGCCCCCUUACCGUCCCAAGCUAGCCGUGAAUCAGCUAAAGGGAAUGAAAUUUCAAAUCUUUUCCAGAGUCCGGCCCGGGCCGCCCGGCUUGUCGCACUAACCUGUGGCGCGGUAAAAUGACACGACUUAUCGGCUCGCCUGCGAGUUCUCUUUAG